AUGGUGGGUGCGGGCCAAGGUACAGGCGCGGGGGCGGGGCCCGUGUGGCCACGUGCGCCGCGUUGCCUGGCGACGCGCGGGCGUCGGGACGCGGGGGGUGAGGGAGAGGUAGGGGAGGGAGGGCAAGCGCGCUACGCCGGCUCGCGCUCACGCUCACGGUCGGUCGCGGUACAGUACAGCAGACACCAGGCCGGUGUGUGCACCGCUGUGACUAGCGAGCCCUGUUCCCGCAGCGAAAUCGCUUCGCCGCUGAGGCCGCUUUCCUCACAAUCACCACUUCAGCCAUACAAACUGCAAUGGACAUCGACAUCUCGCAGGGCACUUCCGGCGAGCAGACCCCGAGCUACGAGGAAAGGUAAGCUCGCGAGAUUCGCCGACCGCGCGCACUCACAUUAUUUAUAG